UCGAUCUGGUAACCCUGACCCCCACCAUUACAGACCUCAGCAGCGCAAAAAAGGCUCUAGUUUUUAUAUAAUAUAUCAAUGAUUUCAUACGUAUUCGGAAAAAGGGUAUUUUACAAUUUAAAAAUAAGGCAUCAGGACAAAAAAUUAAAAAAAUUUAUGUGAGUUCCACAUUUAGCUCCUCUGAAGCUGCGCUAACAAGUCCUUUUUUACUGAUUAGUUUUGUGAAAAAUUUUUAAAUUUUUCACAAAAAUGUCUCUAAAGGUCUGAGUAUAUUUAAAAAAUCAAGGUUAUACAAAGGCGCGGAAACCGCGAAAUUUCGUCAUGCACCGUAAACGCCCCGCCCCGUCAAGUUUUAGCACCGCCCCGCCGGCGGGGCGGGACGGGGCGGUUUUACACCGCGGCUCGUUCAUCUCUGGUACGUAUGGUGUUUGCACCAAGGACAAACACCUACAUUUGAAAACAAGUCUCGUCUUCAUCGAUCGAUUUUGUGUCAACAAUUAAUAUUGAAAAAUCUUUUGAAUGAGUGACAAGCAAAGUAAAAGCGAAAGAACUUGUAGCGUCAAUACUUCGAAGUGCAAAUAAAACAUGAAACUUGUUGAUACUACAUACUUUGCUGUUGAAGAACAGCUCAUCUGUGUAUAAUCAAUAAUAAACAUGCCUUUAGAAGUUUCCUUUUCUAGAUUCGAAACAAUUAUUUUCUAUUAUCGCUAAUCAAUUAACAUGGCAUCCGACUUUACGGAGUUAAUUGAAAAUGCUAUUACGUGUCCAAUCUGCGCGAAACAUUUUGCAGAACCGCGUAUGCUACCAUGUAAGCAUACAUUUUGCCAUCAAUGUCUUACAAAUAUGUGCACUGAAAACAAUGGUGAAUUGGUGUGCCCAAAAAAGGAUGGAACUAAAAUCAGAGUAGAUGCCGUCACAGCAUUACCUCUGAACGACGCUUUACAAGGGCUUGUGGAACUAAUUGGUAAGCAGGAAAUUCCUUCUAUGAUCAAAAUUCAUUGAGCGAAAACAAUGUUGCAGACUGUACUUCUUUAAAUCUUGAGUCAGAUGAAAUUCUUCUAAUAGUUGUCUGGCUUUAAGCAGUGUCGAGAUGAAGCAAAAUGUUUGAUUUCUCUUGUGUGAUAAUGAUAGUGAAAGAUUAUGAACAUGAUUUAAGUUAGAAUUUUUUGAAGAUCGAAAAACGACAUUUCUAAUCAUGAAAAUCUUGUGUAACAUUCUCUAUGUUUUAACUCACAGAAUUUCAAUUCCCAAACAUUUCUAUGAUGCUUUUUUUUUCUUUCUUAAGAUAAUCCUGAUACAAGUGGACCUCGUUGCGCUCGAUGCCAAUCAUACGAGGCCGAAUUUUGGUGUGAUGGCAACUGUCAACUUUGCCUUUGCUUCAAAUGUUGGGAGCAAAUUCAUGCAUUAGGUGAAUAUCGAAAUCAUGCGCAACUUCCUGUAUCAGAAAGACCAAUUGGUACACGUCGAUGUCAAGAACAUGAUGAAGAUAAUAAACUCAAAUAUUGGUGCGAAGGAUUGCAAAAAUGGCUUAUAUGCUGUUCAAUCAUGUCUAAACUAUAG